UUGUUUUCAAAAUAACUAACAUAUGUUGUAUGUAAUUUGAUGAAUGAUUACAUGAGUGUGCCAACAUCUCUGUUUUUCUAUUGAUAAUUGUCCAUGCCUAGACAAGAAUGUGAAAUCGACAAAAGUAACUUUGUUACUCAGAAUGCUAAGCAGUUUACAUUCAUUUUGAGAUAUUAUUAAAUAGUAUCAAGGAUUUAUGAAAAGGUAUCAUUAUUUUAAAAUAUUGACUGUAACAUGUCUGUGACAGUGUUGUUUCUUUUUCUUCUUAUUUCUUUGCCGGUUUACCCUUUUUCUAUUGAGACAAGACCAUCAAACCAAACACUUGGAAAUUACAUAACGGACGCUCAUUAUAAUGUCUUACUGGAUCUCUUUAAUUUAGAAAGACAGGCACGGUUAAACCUAGAGAAAUAUGUUAUUCGGUUAAAUGAGAAGUUUUCGAAAAUGGAAAAAGUUUCCGAACAUACACAAUCGAAACUUAUCAACAUUGAGAAAUCCCAAAUUAAACAAGAAUGGAAAGAGGAGGUCACUUUACUAAAAAAUCAAACGGAUGCCAUCAGUGAAACUUGUGGACAACUGUUAAUUGAUUAUGAAAUUCUCAAAAAGGAUUUUACUUUUAUCAAACAACAGGUACAGAAACUUCAGAAUGAAGUCGUUGAUUUGAAAUACCUUAAGUCGGUUGCACAACUGCAAACUGUUGACACACUAAAUAAUGUGACAAAACGAUUGGAAAAGGAAAUUCAACACACCAAUGAUAAUUUUGAAGUACUUGUAUCUGAGGCAAAUAAAGCACACAAAAAGGAUUUCACUUCUUUGGUAAACAAUGCUGCCCAAAUGAGACAGGAAACGCUGGUUAUUGAAACUAGACUGUGUAAGCGAUUCAGUGAGUUACAUAAUUCAACCAUCUCGUCAUUGGAUAAUCAAAAUGCAGAUUUGAAUCUCAGGAUGCAGAAUUUGAGUACAUUGUUGAAAGGAAUAGAGAACAAAGUUGAAAGUAGAUCGGACUUAAACUUUGCAAACCAAAGCAAAAGAGUUGCCUUGACAGCAUGUGGAGGUGGAACUUACAACGAAGGGGACACUGCAAAGUUCAGCAGUAUCAAAGAAAACCAUGGGAUAAACAGUCUUGAUUGGUUUAAACAAUCUGGGAAAUUUACCUGUGAGGUGGCAGGAAUGUAUGUUUUCUUUGCUAGUAUGAUGUCUAGUUCAAACGAUGGAUAUUUUCAAUGGUUCACAAAUUCACGGUCACAAAGUGGUGUUUAUAUUUCACAUAGACCACCUUCAUAUGAAUCCGGAUCAGGCAUGUUAGCAGUUAAACUAAAUGUAGGCGACACCGUUUCUUUAAAAUGUGAUAGAUCAGGUAUCGUACUUCAUGACUUUUCAUGCUUCACAUUUUUCAAAGUUUAUUAACUUUAUUGUUAUCAAUACGAUCUCUAUGAUAUCAUGGACAAAAUUACACUUUUCGUGUUAAAGGUCUUUACAACACAAUAAGUUUAUAUUUUCCUCACAUUAAUAGUACUAAAUUCUGGAUAUAUAAAUUUUUAUCAAAUGAUUGUUAACAUUUCUCUUUUUUGAGACCAAAAUGGAACUAUAGUGAAUUUGUUGUUUAUUUUAUAUAUAUCAUAUUCAAUUUGAAUCUGUAACCAGACGAAAAACUUUAUAAAUGUACAUUUCGACAACUAAUGUCUGUUAUGUAAUUAAUUGACUACCGUCCAUCAACCCUCUUUAAUUAUCUUCAAAGGGAAGUGACAAUACCAGAUACGGAAUAUGACAGUAGAUUUCAAUUCAUUUGAUAAGUUUGAAAUUUUGAUUUUGUAAUUUGAUAAGAAACGUUUCGUUUUUAGUUUAUUUUGAUAUUUUUGUUAUUUUUC